AGGGACGAGCGUGAAGGGCAGGAAGGGUUUAAGUUUGAGCUUUUAUAGGUUUAGGGUACGGCGGUCUAGUGGAUCCGGAUCCGGACCGAGAAAAGUCCCUGGUCCGGCUAUUCAAGCAUGCUUUAAGAUUGGCGAAACCAAGGACGUGGCACUCGAUGAGGCAAUGCGUGUACGACCGCUUAUUAGACGCGUGUCUAGAUUUUUUAUUCCUCGCUUUCGCCCCCGUAGCCGCCGCCUUCCAGCCCCCCGACGCAGCAGGCGCCCGACGCUGCCGUAGCGGCCGCUGUAGGCCCUUUAUGGACCGCCGGAAAUCGGUCAUCCAACGCCGUGUUGUUCGGAUGUUGGGAAGCGGAAUAGGACAGAGUGUCUCCUCCUAGACUACGAAGGAAUGAAAGAUGGCAAUGCCUAGUCGUCCUGUAAGCAACAGCAGUAUGAGAAGUUGGAAGUGGCCUCGCUCCCCAUACAAAGGCAAGUGGCAGCAAACCUUCAGUGAGCUGCAAGCAAUGGAAACACUGAAGAAGAAAGUAUCGGAAGAAAAGGACACCCCAAUCAACUUCAUCUCCAUCCUGACUGAUUGUUUUCGCAGCUAUGACUCCGAUCCAAGCCCCUCUGCAUACUCCUUCAUCAUCAAAUAUUUGUUCGGGAGAUGUCUUUUGGCGCACGUACCUCUGAUUCUUGAUCAUCUUGAGAAAGUUGAAAAUUUUGAUGUUCCUGAGAGAAUCUUUGUCAAUGUCAUACGAGAUUAUGGCAGACUUGACAUGCUUCAGGACGCUGUCGACAUCUUCUUUAGAAUUCCAAAGUUUCGAUGCACCCCUUCUGUGAUCUCUUUAAACUCUUUGCUCUCUAUUCUGUGUAAGAAGGAGGAGGGCCUUCUUUUAGUCAGAGAGGUCCUGAUGAAGACUCCAGAGAUGAACAUUCGACUCGAGGCCUCCACCUUUUGGAUACUAAUCAGAGCUCUUUGCAGGAAUGGCCAAGUCUGCUCUGCAGUUGAGCUUCUUGACAUAAUGCCGCUUCACGAGUGCACUCCAGAUGGAAAAUUUUACUCAUUGGUGCUUUGUUCGCUUUGUAAACAAGCAGGUUCUUCUGAGGUAAUGGACUUCUUGGAGGAAAUGCGAAAUGCUGAUUUCUUGCCAACUCCGAUAGAAUAUAACCGUGUAAUUGAUGUACUUGUUAGGGAAGGGAAAGUAGAUGAUGCCUACCAUGCUCUUAACCAGAUGAAGUCGGAGGGCAAGAGGCCAGAUAUUGUAAGCUAUAACAGUAUUCUAGAUGGAUUUAUCUUAGCAAAUAAUUUUCACAUGGCAGAUGAAUUGUUUGAUGAAAUGCUCUUGAUGGGUCUUGUCCCUGAUGCUUUCACUUACAACACCUAUAUAAAGGGCCUUUGUAAGCAGGGCAAUCUUGAACAAGCUUGUAAAAUUGUCAGUUGCAUGGAAAGAGCAGGAUGCAAACCUGGUUUAGAGACCUUCAAAACACUCAUGGCCGGACACGUUAAAGCUGGAAAGGUGGGGAAAGCAAGAGACUUGAUGAGUGAAAUUCUCAAGAAGGGCUACCAGUGGGACUCGCAUACUUAUACAAUUUUAAUUGAAGGAUUGCUUGAUGAAGGUGGAGUGGCUGAAGCGUAUCAGUUGGCAACAGAGAUGAUAUGCAAGGGGCUUACGCCAGGGCCUUCAACUUUUAAUGCUUUGGUAUGUGGCUUAUGUGAGAAAGACUUGCUAUAUGAAGCAAUGCAAGUGCAAAAAGAAAUGACUAGCCGGUCUGUGACUCCCGAUGCUAGGUCAUGGGAAGCUCUCCUUGUAGGGUUCAAGUUGAGUUGCCCAGAAAUUUCAGUUGAUUUGGAGGACAUCAGUGUGGAACCAUCAUCUUGCUGAGGCCUCUGAAUCUCUUUUGUUUGUGAUUAUUUGUGAUUACAUAAAAAUGACAGCCUUAUUUGGUAACAAAUAUUGUUCUUGGAACUAGAGCAUGAAAGCUUCGAAUCAAGUUGUAUAAACCUAAACUGAUCUUGAAAAUAUUAUCAGCAAUUACCAUAGGCCCUUAAUGCCUUUCUGCUUUUCAA